AUGAACCUGCGGAAUAUCCCGAAAAAGCAGGAAAUGUCGCCAGAGCCGCAGCAGAAUCUGGCCGGGACAGAAAUACCCAACGGUCGUGAGACGGGCAAAGCGCAAAACCAAACGUCAAAAGCGCAAAACCACAGACGCGAAACGAAUGGAGAAACAGAAGGAAAGGAAGAAAAGGAAGUGAAGAGAGAAGAAGGAAAGGAAGAAGAAGGAAAACGAGAAGAAGCACAAGGUAAGGGCGAAGUGAACAGAGAAGAAAGAAAGGAAGACAGAAAGGAAGACAGAAAGGAAGACAGAAAGGAAGACAGAAAGGAAGACAGAAUGGAAGACAGAAAAGAUAGACAGCCCGAGGAAACAAAAACUAGCAACAAAGAAGGCCGACAGAAAGAGCAAGAGGCCCGGCCGAAAGAGCCCGAGAGCCGAAGAGAAGAAAAGCGAGCGCGAGAUAAGGAGGGUGAGAAGCCCAAGACGGAGGCCGAGAAGCCCAAGACAGAGGCCGAGAAAGACGAGGUGCGGCUGGAAAACGACGCCCGGCCCGACGUGGCGGCAGACUUGCGGGAAAUGUUCCCCGAGCCGCGGACCGCAGGCCCCAGCGGCAUCGACAAGCAGCUUUUGUCGAAGCUCAACCGGUCGCUCAAGGAAAAACAGCGGAGCGGCAAAGAGAACCCGAAAACGCCCACGACCAUCCAGGACCUCGUGGCCAAGCCGCUGGCGCCCAACGGCACGCUGCACAACGAAACGCCGCUUCUGUCGGAGAACGGCGAGGACGGCGAAGACUCGCGGCCAGAAACAGACGCCCGCCCCAAGCCUCGCGGAAGACGGGUGGCCAAACAAAGCUCGACGCGGACGGACUUCUUUGCCGCCAAGUUGGCCAGCGCCGUGGACGACGUGGCGCUGUCCGACAGCGACGAGACGUUUGUGUAUGAGAGCACGGACUUUGGGCGGGACGGCGACACAGAAAACAUCAACCACGUGCCGCAUCUGGUGCAGCUAGUGCACGAUACCAUAUCUGUGGGCAGCGUGACGCCGAUGGAGUCUGGUGCCAACAGCCCGCGCGAAGACAGCUUUCGAGAGCGGCGGCCGGAAAUGCACAAGGAGCCCACGCGAGACUCGAUCCGGGUCAAGGCGAGGCGGGACGAGCGCGAGAAGGAAAGAGAAAAAGACAAGGACCGGGAGAGAGAAAAAGACAAGGACCGGGAGGCUGCGGACAGAGAUGCGAGGGAAGCGAGAGAUGGUUCGAGAGAAGCCAAGGAUGCGAGGGACGGAGAGUCUGGCGACGGCAGAGAAGGCGACGAGGCGAAAGACAGAGACACCAAAGAACGGGACGCAAACCCAAAGGACAGGGACGACUCGGACAGCUCGCGGACACGCGAAUCCAAACUGCGGGACCAGACCGUCUCGCGAGACGUGGCCAGAGACAGCCUUCGGGCCGAGUCUGUGCAUCUGCAGCUGUCCAAGUGGAACCUUCGCAAUACGUUUGGCGCCGGAACGCCAACGCGAGACUUUGCCAAUCCGUUCUUCGAGGCGCCGCGGGCCCGCAAAAGCUCGGCCAACUCGCUCUACAGCGACGACAAGCCGCGGUCUCCCGAGUUGCGGGCCAUGUACGGCGGGCCGCAUGUUCCUGGGGCGGCUGGGCCUGUUUCGGGCGGCGUUUCUGGCGGCGUUACGGGAGUUUCUGCUUCUGGCGGUGUUUCUGCUUCGGGCGGCGUUUCGGGCGUUUCUGGCAUGUCUGGCUCGCAUAGCGGCAUGGUCGUUCCAGGCCCCGAGGCGGCGCUGGUUGGCCUGGCGUACUUGUUUGACGAUCUGAGCGAGUCGAUCCAAUCGGAAACUCUGGAGUUGGAAGAAGAAAAGAAAACGAAAAAUAGCAAAACGCCAUCGCUGUCGAAGCUUCGUUCCACCACUUCCAAGCUCUUUGACAAGACGGGCACACAGCCGCGUCGCUACUCGACCAUCCCUGACGAUAUCGAUAUUGAAGAUUUCGACGACGAGCUUAUUUACUACGACAACAAUAACAUCCGGUUCCCGCACUAUGGUCAACCUGGUUCUAGCACAAACGAUACGGCGUCGUUGCUUGGAAAUGCCAAGAUCCCGCACUAUCGCCUGUUGAAUUUCAACGGCCGCCGGCUUCCGAGCUACCCUAAGAAAAAACGUUACUUGUCGGCUGGUUAUCCGACAUCGACGUUGAAAAAAACCGUGUUUCCAAACGAGCACAGCCUCUACUAUGACUUGGAUGAAUACGACGAAGAGGCUGCAGACAAAUCGCCUGUUCGUGCUCCUCAGUUAGCACCACUUAAUAAUUUGUCACUUCCUCACAAAGUUUCGCAAACCAGUCUACGCCGUGGCAGACUUGGGUGUCUUCGAAGCUUUAUUUAUACGCUUGUGAGUUUUGUGUGCAUCCUUUCAAUUGGAUUCUUCAUGGGCUUUUUGCUUGCGUCGACAAAAGACCUCUCCAACAUUUCUGUGGUGAGCAUUGAAAAUGCGCUCGUGAGCCAGGAUGAGUUGGUGUUCAGCAUUGUGGUUGAGGCGCUCAAUCCAGGAUGGUUUUCGGUGUCAAUAAAUGAUCUUGAGCUUGACGUCUUUGCCAAAAGCGGAUACCUUGGCGAUGCCAGCGACUUUGGAGUUGAAACUGUGCUUUUAGGGAGCGUGUAUAAUUUCGAGUCUGAAAUCACGUUCAAAGGAAGUUUCCUUUCCCGGGAGCUUGUGCAACAAACCGGAGAGAUCAAACUAGUCGCUCCCGGAAGAAAUCUCACAAGUAUGUUGGUAGCAGAAACGAAACCUCCUCAUCAUCUUCCAGGCGAGGGAGAUGCGCCGGAUAAUUCAGAGAAAUGGAACAUAAUAUCCAAACAUCCGUUUGAUUUGAUUCUCCGUGGUGUGUUGAAGUAUAAUCUUCCCAUGACUCUGAGUGUGAAGUCUGCGGUGGUGAACAAGGUGGGAUACAUUGAUCCCUCUUUUCCUAACCUUUCAAGAGAGGAGUAA